AUGGCGGCCCGGUCGCCCGUGUCGUCCCUGCGGGCGGGCGGCCCCCGAGCGCGGCCACCCCCGGGCCCCUCGCCACCCCCGGGCCCCGCGCCAGCGCCGCGGUCGCGCUCGGGCUCCGAGUCCGAGGACGCCGAGCUGUCGCUGAGCCUGGCCCGCACCAAGACCCGCUCGUACGGCAGCACUGCCAGCGUGCGGGCCCCGCUGGGCGCCGGCGCCCUGGGCCCGUGCCUGGAGCACCGCGUCCGCGCCGGGGACACGCUGCCGGGCCUCGCGCUCAAGUACGGGGUCACGAUGGAGCAGAUUAAAAGGGCCAAUAAACUGUUUACCAAUGAUUGUAUAUUCCUGAAGAAGACUUUGAACAUCCCGGUUAUAGCUGAGAAACCUUUGUUGUUUAAUGGACUAGACUCCACUGAUUCUCCAGAAAAUGAACGCAGAGACAGCCCUGAAGAGGAGCCUGAGGGGGCUGGGGCACAACUCCCCCCUCCCAGCCCUGACCCUCUUCCUGGUCAGCCCCAGGAAGUGUCAGCCAGAGAUUUCCUGCAGAGGCUUGACUUGCAGAUUAAGAUUUCAACCCAGGCAGCCAAGAAACUAAAAGAAGAAAGCAGAGAUGAAGAAAGUCCCUAUGCAGCCUCGCUCUACCACAGUUAGGUUAUUAGUGGGUAUAAUUCUAACCUGAAAGGUUUGGAUUGUAAAAUAUAACAGAUGAAGAUUCUGGAUUCCCAUAGCGCCCUUGUAAAACUGUAAUUCAGUAGAUCUGUAAUUUUUAAGUCUUUAUUAUGGCCUGACAGCAAAACUGUAUUCUGAGGCUCACUUUUUUUUUUUAAUUUGCCCAUCCUGGGUCUUGAACUCAGGGCCUGGCGCUGUCCCUGAUCCUCUUUGUGCUCAAGGUUAGCACUUACCACUUGAGCCACAGCACCACUUCCAGCU